AUGAAGUUGGACACGCGGGCCAUGCGCUAUCUGGCGUCUGAAGACUGGCGCGUGCUCACAGCUGUGGAAAUGGGAAGCAAAAAUCAUGAACUUGUUCCCACGCCAUUAAUCGAGAAGAUUGCCCGCCUAAAGGGCGGUGCUAGCGGUGUACAUAAAAGCAUAUCCGCUCUGGCAAAGGUCGGGUUGAUCGCCAGGGUCAAGGAGGCCAAGUACGAUGGCUACAGACUGACGUACGGUGGGCUUGAUUACCUGGCGUUGCACACCCACUCUGCUCGAAAAGAUAUCUACAGCGUUGGUACCAGGAUCGGCGUUGGGAAAGAAAGCGACAUCAUGAUCGUCGCCGAUAACCAAGGCACCCAGAAAGUUCUCAAAAUCCAUCGCCUAGGGAGAAUAUCCUUCCGUACAGUCAAGUCGAAUCGAGAUUACCUCAAAAAUAGAGCCUCCGGCUCGUGGAUGUACUUGUCCCGACUUGCAGCCAUGAAGGAGUUUGCCUUCAUGAAGGCUCUUUUAGCAGAAGGUUUUCCAGUGCCCGAACCCAUCGCGCAGUCCAGACAUACCAUUCUCAUGGCUCUCAUUGAUGCAUUUCCUCUACGGCAAAUAUCCGCUGUCCCGGACCCAGCAAAACUUUACGGCGAGCUGAUAUCUUUAAUUCUCCGGCUCGCCAAACAUGGCCUGAUUCAUGGCGAUUUCAAUGAAUUCAACAUUCUCAUCAAGGAGAUCAAGAUGACCACUGAAAGUGGCGAGGAAACAUUAACCCUCGAGCCAGUUAUCAUCGAUUUCCCUCAGAUGGUAUCAAUGGAGCACCAAAACGCAGAAAUGUAUUUUGAUAGAGAUGUCGAAUGCAUCAAGCGCUUCUUCUCCAGAAGAUUCCACUUCACCAGCACUGAACCUGGGCCCUUCUUCAAAGAUGCAAAGAGGGCCAUGAAGAAGGCUGGCCUGACGAGAUUAGAUGCUACAGUGGAAGCAUCUGGGUUCACCAAGAAAAUGGUCAAAGAUUUAGAGGCUGCCAUCAGAGAAAAAGAGGCGAUGAAGGCAGAUGGCAACAAUUCUGAUGAGGAAGAAGAGGAGAGUGAUGAGGAUGAGGAUGAUGAAGAAGACCCAUCAGACAAUGGCGGCGAGAUAAUCAUUGGAGUGGCAAAUGAGGUUGAUGACUUGGAUGCCGAGUUGGCUUCCAAAUCAACCGAAAAUGAAGUUCAACCUGAGCAACAAGGGCAGCAAUCCGCAGAAGUGGGCAUGUCGAAAAUGACAAUUUAG